UGUAUCUGACAAACAAAACAUAUAAAUCCCCAAAUUCCCAACUCCUCAACAAUCCCAAUUCAUUCCAGUUCUUCCAACGAUCCCAGCUUCUUCAACAUCAAAACCCUAAGUUCAAUUUCACAGACCCUUCCCAAAUCAAACCCACCAUGCAUUCCAAGCCCCAAACUUUCCAAAUCUUCCUCGAAUCCCCACAACUCCAAAUCCCAACCCAAACCCUAACCCUAUCCCCAAUUCAAACCCCAACUCUCUACCACCUCAAGCUUUCUCUUUUCUCCCAAACCCUUCCCUCCCUCUACUUCACCCUCAAUGGAAAGCCCUUAUUCGACUCCACCCCGCUUCUCAGUUCCGAAAUUUCUCCCCUUUCGACCCUAAUUUUGCAAUUCAGAGCUCCCGGCGGAGGCGGCGAUGGCGGCGCCACCGGGGCCGAGUCGAGGGAUUGCUAUCUCAACAUGUACGCCGAGAAAAAGCCCGAUAAGGUCGACCCGUACGAGCAGAGACUCUCCAAGUUUCUGAACUGCGCGCUUUCCAAUGAGCCAUUGAAGGAUCCUUGCGUUGUGGAUUUGCUUGGGAAUGUGUUCAAUAAGGAGCCUCUGGUUGAGGCCUUGUUGGGGAAGAAGGUGCCGAAAGCUUUCGGGCACAUUAAGGGUUUAAGGGACAUGGUUCCUGUGCAUUUUACUUCGAUUAACUUGCCCGAAUCGGAGUCUCAGGCCACGGCCACCGGACCGAGGUUUCAGUGCCCCAUUACGGGGCUGGAGUUUAAUGGGAAGUCUAAGUUUCUGGCGUUGAGGAGUUGCGGGCAUGUGUUGAGUGCAAAGGCAUUGAAGGAGGUGAAGUCCUCGGCUUGCCUUGUGUGUCAUGUGGGGUUUUCGGAGGAGGAUAAGAUUGUGAUAAAUGGGAAUGAGGAGGAGGUCGCGGCACUGAGGGAGAGGAUGGAGUCUGAGAAGGCGAAAUCAAGGGGGAAGAAGGUGAAGAAGACGAAAAAUGGGGAGGGGGUUGGGAAUGCGGAGGAGGAGGGUGUGGAGGGUUCGAGGUUGAGUGGUACGAAGCAUGGCAUUGAUGUGAAGGGUGUGGAGAAGGCUUCGGCGAAGGUGGAGGGGAAUGGAAAGGUUGGGAAUGGUGGGGAGAAUGUGAAGGGUGUGAGUAAUGGUCCUGCGGUGAAGAAGUUUAAGGCAGGGGAUGCAGCCCCAGCUAAUGCUACUAAGGAAGUGUAUGCUUCGAUUUUCACUUCGUCGAGCAAGAAGAAGUUUAAGGAGACAUAUUCUUGUAGAUCUCUCCCACUUGGUAGAAACUGAUUGAGGGUAGCGAUGACAUAUUUGUAAUGUGAUUUUGGUCUUGAUUCCUGAAUUUGUUGUAAUUUGUAGUUCAUCUUUGAUGGAAAUUUGGAAAGUUUGAUAUUUUCCGAUUAAAUGCUCUGAAUUGGCUUGCUGUUGUUUGUUAGAAAAUAUAAUCACUUGAUGUACAAUAUUAGUUCGAAUUUUGUUGAUUAUGCUUCUAGCAAUAAAUAGCAGAUGAUUCAUACUUCCUAUA